AUGGAGCCCCUGUCCCUCCAGGAGUACAUCUGCGCCCUGAACCCCUCUGUGCUGCCCCGCGUGCUCAGGAUUUGCUCCGGGGUCUACUUCCAAGGCUCCGUGUAUGAGAUCUCAGGCAACGAGUGCUGCUUAUCAACUGGAGAUCUCCUAAAAAUUAUUGCCAUCAAGCUGCAGAAGGUCGUUUGUGAGGACGUGGAGAUGGGGCAAACAACGGAGCUGCCCCUGAGCUUCCAAGGUCUCUUCCAGCCCAGCCCAGACCCGCGGCCCUACACCAGCCUGGAAGAGCUGAUCCAGAGCAAGCGGAGGACCCAGGAGGCUCAGCCCUUGUGCUUCAUCUCGGCCGCCGACCUCGCCGUGGAGAGGCAGGUCAUUCCCAAGGCGCAGCCCAUCUUCCUGCAGGUGCGCAAGGACGUGGUGAAAAUCCCCUCCACGCUGGAGGUGGACGUGGAAGACGUCACGGAGGAGGCCCAGCACGUCCAUUUCAUCAAGCCCCUGCUGCUCAGUGAGGUGCUGCACAUGGAGGAAGCCCUCCCCGUGCAAGCUGAGAUCCUGGAGGGCCCCAGCUCCCUGGGCGUCUUCAAGAACGACUGGGCUCCCCGCCUGCAGAAAGGCCAGCGGAUCCAGAUCCACGGCAAGGGCUGCGCUUGGAAAGCCGGCGCCGGCAGCACCGCGCUGCUCUGCACGCGGUGCAGCAGCGAGGAAGACGAGGGGGAGGAGAGCGAAGAGCUGGUGCUGCCUCUAACCCUGGGAGGCAGCUUUGUGGAGGAGGUGUGCGACAGCAAGAAGUACAGCCUAGAGGAGGUCCUGGAGCAGCUCCCGCUGCCCUGCGAGGUCAAAGUGGUGGCCAAGGACCCCUCGCUCACCCGCGACGUCCUCAGCUCCUUCUCCGCCUUGCGGCUGGAGGCACGUGUCACCGAGCCCUUCUUGGUCAGCAGCUUCUGCGAGGAGCCAGGCGAGAGCUUUGAGGUCCCACCGCGGUGGCUGGACAUGUCCCUGUUUUUCACGGAGGAGCCUGUCCACCCCCAGCCCCCCUCUGUGGACUGGUCACGGGUCGAGGAGCUGAACGAGCAUUUCUACUACCACUUGCUGAAGCAGUUGCCAGGCGGUUCGGCUCCUCCUCCUCCGCGGCCCCCCAAGACGAAGGAGGCUGUGGGCAAGGCAGGUCUCAGGACAGCCAAAGGAAACAGCCCUGAGAAAGUGAAGGUGUGGAGAACGAUGAUUCUGACCACAACUAUGAAGUAGUUGAUGAAGAUCUUCAAAAGACAAUUCGUAAAAUGCAGACUGUCUUUCCUUUCUA